GUGAUCAGGGACUAUCUAUCAAUUCUUAACUUUUGUCACGGGACUCGGACUUUAUCCCUCUGUGGAAGAUUCAAUUUGUAAGCUUAUACUGGUUGAUUCUCAAGAUAAUAAGUCUAAUAAUUUACCAAUAAGACAUGUGAAGUCAGACAAAUACAGUAGGCUUUUUUCCCUUUCUGAAUAGCACCAUACAGUCUUAGACACUCCCUCGGUGUGGCGCAUUGCAAGACUUGACUCGCAGCUUCUAGUUAGGACUCUAUCGACGCAUAAGAAAUCUCUGUACAUGGGGUUAAAGACGAAGCAUGGAUCCAAUUCAAGAAAAACCGAGCAAGGAGGUCGACAUUUAUCGUGACACAUGGGUCCGCUUCUUAGGUAUGCCAUAAAAAUGUGUUGUUUUUGGAUGUCUUGAACCAGGGGGAUGUCCCCGUCUCAUCCCUCUCACGCUAAGAACAAGCGUAAACUAGUACAAGAUAUAGCUAGCUCGAGCUGGGUUGCUAGCUCGUGAGCUAGCCAGUUUUUGGUCUGAAUUUGAUCUACUUAUAAAUAGAUGCUCUAUACUUGAUAUUGUUUUGUAAUGGUUGCGUUCGACCAAUUCAAAGCUCAGCAACACGAUCAAAUACUAAUGUAGUCAAAUAGCUACCAAUCUAGUAGCUUCCUUCAAACAGCUAGCUAGUUAGGUUAGUGGGUUGGGUAAAUUGCAUGGUACUUCCUAGUAGUGAUUUAGGAUUGACAAAUAAGUAAACGCUCAUCACAUAUUUAAGCACCAGUUCCAUUGAAAUGCUACAAUGUCUGGAAUCUCAGUGUAGUAGGCCUAAUAGCUACAUUAAUAUAGCUGUCCCUGCAUUGCAAUACCAUUGAUCCAUACUGACCUUAGAGUCAAAAGUGUACAGAGGAUAUCUGUUCCUCCUUCACAUAAGGCAAUCAGGUUGAUUUCAAACUAAAUGGGCCUACUACAUUUUAUUUUAUUUUUUUUACAUUUUAGUCAUUUAGCAUACGCUCUUAUCCAGAGCGACUUACAGUUAGUGAGUGCAUACAUUUUUCAUACUGGCCCCCCGUGGGAAUUGAACCCACAACCCCGGCGUUGCAAGCGCCAUACUCUACCAACUGAGCUACAGGAGGGAUCAAUAACACUAGCCACUGUGCAAUGCAUUUACAUUUUCUGCUGGGUUCUUAUUGGCUGGGGGUGACAUUGAAAUGUGCUAUGUUACUCAAAUAACCCCAGGGCCAGCUGCAGAUCGGUGCUGUUAUUUUAUUUGACCUUUAUUUAACUAGGCAAGUCAGUUAGAACAAAUUCUUAUUUACAAUGAGGGCCUACACCGGCCAAACUUGGACGACGCUGAGCCAAUUGUGUGCCGCCCUAUGGGACUCCCAAUCACAGCCGGUUGUGAUACAGCCUGGAAUCGAACCAGGGGGUCUGUAGUGACGCCUCAAGCCCUGAGAUGCAGUGCCUUAGACUGCUGCGCCACUCGGGAGUUAUGGCCUGCAUGCACAGCUCUCUGUCUAUCUCCUCUACCACUGACUCUCACUCCUCUCUCAGACCGGCUCUCUCUCUCUCGUAAACAUUUAGCAUGAAGCAUCUUUAUAGCAUUAUAAUCAACACCAAUCAAUUAUCGAUCAGUGUAUUGUAAAGCACAUUCAGUAGCCUACGUAGUUAGAAAUGACAUAAAUGACAGUGUUACAGAAUCUGUUCAGAAUGUGCUGUUGUUCUGCCAUAUGAGUAGCAUAACCUUUCCCAGAAACAGAUUCACUGAAGUAGCAGAAUUGGACUGUGCAUUUAAUCGUUUUUGUUUAGUGCUGCCAGUGUGUUAGUAGAAGUACAAGCAGGGCUCUAAAUUAACUUUUUCUUUGGUAGCCUGGUCCCAGAUCUGUUUGUGCUUUUUGAAACCUCUUACACUAUCAUUCUAACUCCUUUUGAUACCAAACAUGACAUUGGCAUGAUAAUGAGUGGCAAGGACUAGAAUGUUAGAAAAAACAGACUGGGGUACCCAGGCUAUAGCACUGGUGUUCCUAACUUAUAGCACUGGUGCUGCCAACUUAUAGCACUGGCGCUCCCCGCAACAAACAGUAUAGGAGCACCGGAAAAGGAGAUUAGGCCUAUCCUACCUUUGAAACACAUCUCCUGGAGUAGCUAUCCAGCACCUUUCCUUUCUUCCAAUAUCAUCUUAAACCAUAGCCUACUGGUCGUUGGUCACGUUACCAGGUUGUAAGCCAGCUAAGUAACCUGACUGGACGAGGUACCAGGUAAAAAAAUACACUACAUGACCAAAAGUAUGUGGACACCUGCUCAUCGAACAUCUCAUUCCAAAAUCAUGGGCAUUAAUACGGAGAUGGUCCCCCCCCCCCCCCUUUGCUGCUAUAACAGCCUCCACUCUUCUAGGAAGGCUUUCCAAUGGCAGCGAGCUUUACACCACUCCAGCCGACACUUGGCAUUGCGCAUGGUGAUGUUAGGCUUGUGUGUGGCUGCUCGGCAAUGGAAACCCAUUUCAUGAAGCUCCCGACUAACAGUUCUUGUGCUGACGUUGCUUCCAGAGGCAGUUUGGAACUAGGUAGUGAGUGUUGCAACCGAGAACAGACAAGUUUUAUGCGCUAUGCUCUUCAGCCCUCUGCGGUCCUGUUCUGUGAGCUUGGGUGGCCUACCACUUUGCGGCUGAGCCAUUGUUGCUCCUAGACGUUUACAUUUCACAAUAACAGCACUUACAGUUGACCGGGGCAGCUCUAGUAGGGCAGAAAUCUGAUGAACUGACUUGUUGGAAAGGUGGCAUCCUAUGACAGUGUCACGUUGAAUGUCACUGAGCUCUUCAGUAAGGCCAUUCUACUGCCAAUGUUUGUCUAUGGAUAUUGCAUGGCUGUGUGCUCGAUUUUAUACACCUGUCAGCUAUGGGUGUGGCUGAAAUAGCCGAAUACACUCAUUUGAAGGGGUGUGCACAUACUUUUGUAUGUAGUGUAUCGCUCAUAUAACCUUGUGUGGUGUGUAAAGGCCUACAGACCUGACGUUAGCAUAAUGUUUGCCCACAGGGUGGCAGUACAGGUUCAGCAGCAGCCAACACAGCAGGAGGAGCUGUGUAAGCGUUCUAAUGACAGACCAAGGGCAUUAUUAGUCAUUCCAACCCUGUUGGAGCGGACCGUGCAUAUUGCUCCAAAGGUCACCGCCCAUUCUAUGGACCGAAAUGUGUCAGGGGGGUUAUUGCUACUAACCACAGCCCCAAACAAAAGUGAAUAUUAAUGUACCCCCCCCUUUACAUGGCAGAGGUCCAAGAGGGACAUUUGAAUUAUUAUUCUAAUACAUUUUGUUUUACCUCAGGCCCCCAGCUCUGAUCCGGUGGGGGUUGGUCAUGAUUUGUUUAGAGGCCUCUCACAACAGACGAGGCAGUUAAAGCCUUAAUUGCGCUCAUAUCUUACCCUGGCAUGUCGUCUUGUGCCCACAGGCUAUGCCAACGAGGUGGGAGAGGCCUUCCGUGCCCUGGUGCCAGUGAGUGCUGUAUGGGCCACAUAUGCAGUUGCCACCGUGUAUGUUUCCGCUGAUGCUGUGGACAAGGGGAAGAAGGCUGCCGUGGUAAGGAAGGAGGACAUUUUGUAAAAGCAAAGCUCUAUGUUCUCAUUCUUAUCCUAUGUCUUCAUUUGAAUUGAUAUGAGCUACCAUUCUUUUAAGGGGUCGUGGAAUUAUUGCCCUGUGAAGCAUUUAUAUUAUGAACUUCCAAAAAUGUAGUUAACACUCUCUGAAUACUGCCAAAUGACAUUAUUUUUCAACACAUGCAAAGUAAAUGGAACUUUUCCAGAAAAUCCAAAGAGAAUGUUUCAUAGAACACAACUCAACUCCCACACUGAAACAAAGUGGUCUGAAGCACAGAAUGUCACACUCUGUGUCUAUCCCUGUGCUGUAGGAGCAUGGUGACAACCCAGGGAAGACAACCAAAGUGGCUGUAGCGGUGGUGGACACGUUUGUAUGGCAGGCCCUGGCCUCGGUCGCUAUCCCAGGCUUCACCAUCAACCGUGUGUGUGCUGCCUCUCUCUACCUCCUGGGCAAAACAACACGCCUGCCCCUCUCCGUACGCAAGUGGACCACCACGGCCAUUGGCCUCUCCACCAUCCCCUUCAUCAUCCACCCCAUCGACAGGUGUGUGGGUGGGCGGUUAGAUAGUGAAGGAAAUGUUUCCGUGUGUGUGCCCGUUAUGUGUCUGGGAGACAGUGAAGGAGUGUGUGUUCGAGAGACAGAGAGCGAGCAUGAUAAACGUGUGUGUGUGUGUGUGUGAGAAAGAAAGAAGAUAGAGCGAGAGAAACCCUGAAUGUGAGCGGGAGGAAGAAAUAAGAGUAGCGUGUGUACUUUGGCACGUUUGCACAUCAAUGUUUAUGGUCCCAAGUGUGCCAAGGUAUUAGCCUGCAGUUAACCGUCUCAGCCUGCCUGUGUUUCUGUUCACCAGCCCACUGAGAGGAAAAAUCCACACAUUACCUUAGCAAACAGCAUUACAUUUUUUAAAUGUAUGGAUCAUUUUAAGUGUCAAAUUAGGAGUUGCACACCAUAAUGACCUUUAUUUUCGCUUUCUGUAGUGUUAAAUGUGUAGCCACCAUUCUUAUUUAUCUGAAUCCAUGUGGUGUCGUUGAAGAGAGGUGUAUUCAGGGUGCUGUUUGUAGGGAGGGAUGGGGGAUUCCCCCUCUCUGCUUCUGCCAUCCCCAGCUCUGAACGGUUGGUUAUAUUCCGUCCCCGGUUGGGAUGGAGUUCCCCACCUCUGGUAUGCAUUACAUUUAUUUACAGAUUAUAAAUAACGGAUCAUUGGCUUCUGAAGACUGUUAUGUUUGAUCACAUAAAUGGUUUGAUUAGUCGGGAAGGCCGCAAUUUGGGCAGCACGUGGCUUUUCUCAAACGGCUGAUUGUUGAGUUGCACGGUUGUCAGUGAACAGCAGUUUAAAUAGGCCAACAUGCGAUUUCUGAAAAUAUGGGAUAUUUCAACUCACAAUAUUGACUCCACCGUUUACAACCUGAGUAUCUUACAUGGCUGUGCGAUUUGCGGUGAGUGCAUAGCACAUUCAUAUCUAUAGGCCUAUAUGUACUUGAUGACGCCUGUAGGGAGCCAGGACAGUUUCUUAAACCUUAAAGCCCUUCUCCUUCUUUGUGUUCCACAGGGGAGUGGACUUCCUGCUGGACUCCAGCCUGCGUAAGGUCUACGGUCAAUCUGCAGGAGAGAGGCACGACUAAUAAUCACCACGACCACCCUGCAGCCUGGUCCUAGUGUCCCUGGACAGGUUAGCUCCACCAGGAAGUUUACCCUCCCACCCUCUGACCCAGACAGGACUUCCUCCCAAGCCAUCUGAAACCUCUGCUGAUCCCACUACUGUAACAUCACUGUGAAGCACAAAGCCAAUACAGCAGGGUUCCUCUACUCCAGACCUCCAGGGCCACUGUACUGUCUGCCACUUGUCUAUGCCCCUCUGUCUAUUCUCAUCUUUUCAUUUUAAACUCCAAGUUAGGGGGAUCUAUGACCCUUUGGCCAGUCAAUGACUUUGUAUAAGGGGGAAAAGGGAUCCAACAGACAGUGUUGCCCUCCAGGACUGGAAUUGAAUACCCCUGCCUGCAGAGCCCACCUAUUCAUUUUCAGACCUCCACUUGGUGCAUAUCCAGGUAACUCUUGAUGUUAGCCAUAUUUGGGAAUAUUUGGGUCAAUGUCCUUAGACCUGGCAUUAAGACCCUAUUUUCAUUACAUGUAAACAUCUGCCUUUGUUUUUGUUUGUUGUUUAUUUCUGCCUCAAAAAGAAGGUCUUAUGUACGGUUGUCUGUCACUUUGAAUAGAUAUUUACAGAGUAUAUUGUGAUGCACUUGUCAAUGUUCAGUCUUUAGAUUAACCUUAGCUCUUUUUUGCCCCUUGUCAUUCAUUACCGAGGUGAACAGAAUAGAUCUAACAAUUCUGGAAAUGUUGGUUAGCACUAAAGAUUCAGUUACUUUGGUAGCAUCUAAGGUAUAGAAAGCACUGUAAUUAUUGUGUAACAUGCCCUAUGCAGAAAGCAUAUGAAGGGAAUAUGCAUAAAAUACUGUAAUUAUUGCCAAAGAUUUAGGCUACUCUAGAAGAGGAACCCAUCAGUAGACAAAGCUGUGCUGCACUAUGCAAGCAAUCCAAGUGAUCUUAUACAAAAAUGGGAAUUGCUAUUGGAAUAUAUAAAUCAGGGUGCUCCAACCCUGUUCCUGGAGAGCU